AUACGCUACAUUAAAAACGAUUGAAAUAUCAAAGUAAUUUAAGAGUUUAAGGCAAGAGUUUUGUUUUAUAAUAUUUUUAGUGAUUUGCUUUAGAUCAUAAUUAUAGAUGGUAUUGCUGUCCAGCUAAUUGAAUGAAACUUCUAAAUACUAAUCCACUAGAGACAUGAUUGUGCCCAGCAAAAGUUUUCAUUCAGAUCGGUCUUCUUUAACACAGUUUCUCUUUACUGUUUCACCAGGCUGGAAGAAAGAUGGCAGAUGCUAUUGUCACCACUGCCAUUGAAAGAAUUUCCAACCUGCUCAUCCAAGAGGCAGCCGUUCUUUCUAAUGUGAGAAAGGAAGUUGAGCGAUUGCAAGCUGAAUUGAGGCGAAUGCAGUGCUUCUUGAAAUAUACAGACUGCAAGCAAGACCAAGAUGAGGUUGUUCGCAACUGGGUAGCUGAUAUCAGAGAAGUUGCUUAUGAUGCAGAGGAUGUCAUAGAUGCCUUCCUGCUCACCAUUCCAAGAAGAGAAGUUGGAUUUUGUGGACUCAUCAAGAAGUCUACGUCUAUGCUCACCAAGGCUCCCCAACUCCGUGAUAUUGGACAACAAAUUUACUCCAUACGAAAUAGGAUUGGGGAUAUUUCUACUAGCAUGCAGACUUACGGCAUCAAAUUUGUUGGAGAAGCAGAGGGAUCUAGUUCGGCCAGUGAGAUGCAGCGACGACUCAGGAGAAUCGAUCCAUAUGACGACGAUGAACAUGUUAUCAGAUUGGAAAGUACCACAAAGGAACUUUUGGAUCAAUUGAUGCUAGAGGAUGACCAACGCCGAGUUGUUUCCAUAGUGGGGAUGGGAGGAAUCGGUAAAACCACCCUUGCCAAGCUGGUAUAUAAUCGGUUUGAUGUCAAGCGACACUUCGAUUGUUUGUCUUGGGCUUUCAUAUCUCAACAAUUCUCCCCAGGAGAUGUUUUUUCGGGAAUCCUGAGAGAAGUUGGAGCUAAAUGGGAGAAUAUGGGAAGCAUGAAAGAGGAAGAUUUGAUCAGAACACUCAAAGAUGUAUUGAAGGAGAAGCGAUACUUGGUGGUCCUUGAUGAUAUUUGGAAAGAAGAGGCAUGGGAUAGUUUAAAACGUGCUUUCCCAAAAGGGAAGAAGGGAAGUAAAGUUUUGUUCACUACCCGUGUCAAAGAAGUUGCUUCGUAUGCUGAUCCAAGGAGCUCUCCAGUGGAACCACCAUUUUUGACGAAUGAAGAGGGCUGGGAACUUCUCAGCCGGACAGCAUUUCCAGAAGAUAUUGCAAGUGAGCAAGGUUAUGCACCUGAAUUCGAGAGAAUAGGGAAGGAGAUAGUGAGAAAAUGCGGAGGACUACCACUGGCAAUUGCUGUACUUGGAGGCUUGUUGGCUAACAAGUCACUAAAGGAAUGGGAGAUGGUGCAAAAAGACAUCAAUGCACAAUUCACCAAGUUGCAACAACGUAAUCAGUAUGCAGGGGUGGAUUGGAUAUUAGCUUUAAGCUAUCAAGAGCUGCCAUUUCGGCUAAAACCAUGCUUUCUCUAUCUUUCCCAAUUUCCGGAAGACAUGGAGAUUGACAAGACGACAUUAAUUCGGAUGUGGAUAGCUGAAGGUUUUUUACCUCAACCAUUGAGAGGAGAAGGAGACGAGACAAUGGAAGAUGUAGGCGAACAAUUUUUGGAAGAGCUUGCAAAUAGGUGUAUGGUUCAAGUGAGUGAAAGAGACCACACUGGAAUUGGUAUCAAAAAGUGCCGCAUGCACGAUCUUAUGCGAGAUAUGUGUGUCUCAAAAGCAAGAGAAGAAAGUUUUCUUGGAGUUAUUGAGCAUCAAAAGGACAUAGCAGCUUCCAUGAGCAAGUCACGCAGAAUUGCCGUUCACAAGAUACGCUUUGUGCCCUCAGAAGAAUGUAGUCCACGUCUUCGUUCUCUUCUCUACCUCAACCCAAGGAAGGAGUUUGUAUUUACACUGGACAGGAAUCAAGUAAUUUUUAUUUUCAAGAAUUUGAAAUUGCUGAGAGUCUUAAAUAUUCAAAAUGUGAUUCCAAAAGAGAGUUAUAUACCUAGAGAAAUUGGUGAUCUGAUUCACUUGAGAUAUCUUGGAUUGAGGAACACCAUAUUACAUGUAUUCCCAAAACGCAGAUAUUUACCCAAGUUGAUCACACCAUUGCCUGCAUCCAUUGGCAAUUUGAAGAGUUUAUACACGCUUGAUUUACGACGAGGACGACAUGAGCAGAAUGAUUAUUGGAAAGUACCUGAUGUAAUGUGGAAAUUGAAAUGUUUGAGGCAACUGUUAUUGGAUCCUCAUGCAGAUGAUAAAUGGAAGUGCAGUUUGGAUACAUUAAGACAACUAGAGACUUUGAAGUGGAUAGAAGCUAAGAGUCUAAUUAGAAAGGAUGCACUACUCAAUUUGACUAAUCUUCGAAAUUUAGGAGUUGUGUUCCAGAGAAAAGAAGAAGCUGAGAUGGUUCUAAGAUCUCCCAUUUCUAGAUUGGGACGUCUUUGUUUCUUGAAGAUGGUCAUGUCAGAGGAAAGUUCAUUUGCAAGUUUGGAACCACUUUCUGGUUGUCAUCAUUUGACCAAAUUGAGGUUAAAUGGAAUCAUAUUAGAAGAUCCACAUUCCUCGCUUCACAAUUUGGAAUACCUGCCAGGAAGCCUGGCCAAGUUAAGUUUGAUCAAUUCUAAAUUAAAGAAUGAUCCGAUGGGUAUUCUAAAUAAGCAGCCUAAUCUAAGGUUUCUGGAUUUGGGCUCUAAGUCAUACGAGGGGUCUGAAAUGGUAUGCUCUGCCCAUGGAUUUCCUCAACUUGAGACUCUUAGGCUUUCAGGGUUACAUGUACUAGAAUGGAAAAUAGAGGAAGGUGCAAUGCCAUUUCUCAAGGAUUUAUCUUUAACUUUUCUAAGGGAACUGAAGACGAUUCCUGAAGGAUUGAAAUUUGUUUCUUCCCUUCAAAAAUUGGAUCUCUUUGACAUGGCACAAGAAUUUACAAAAAGGGUUAAAGUCAUAGAUGGAGUAGAAGGAGAGGACUUUGACAAGGUGUGCCACAUACCUUCUAUUAUCGUACAUACCUUCGAUUAUUGUCCGUGAAUAAUGAAGCUACCGUACCUUAAGUAUUCAACUCAUACUUUACAAUCAGGCUAAGAGUGCAGUUUCCGUGUUUUCAUCCUAUUUGGAGUGGUUUUCCUACACCUUCUCAAAAUAAGGAAUUUUAAAUUGAAUUGUUCCAUAGAUGAUGUAUUCCUGUGUUUAUUUGUUGCUUGUUUACCUCAUGUAAUCUUUGUAUAUUUCUUUUGGAUUUGAAGGAAGAAAAACCAAGGAAAAAAUAUCCUUGAACUUGUAGAAAAUGUGAAGUUUGAAGCAAUAGUAUCACAUGCUUCAACAGUUUCUUUA